AUGUUUGUAAAGCUUUUGCUACUUACUGUGGUAAUAUCUCAGAUAUGUUUUCUCCUUGUCUCACCUAGAUAUAAAUCAAGAUGGCCGUUCUCAUGGUACUACGGAAAGGUCUUUAUCCCAUUCCUCAAGAACAAUAAUCUAUAUAAAUGGAAAUUUUUUAUUGUGCCAUGUUUCUAUUUGUCAUUAUAUCUCUAUAUUGUCCUGUUGUAUUAUUUGAAAUUGCACCCAAUAGUUUACUCUCACAUCACAAUUUUUGAAAAUUUCAUACUUAUUCCAAGUUUUAUGAUUAGUGUAUUAUAUUUAGGAAUUGCUACCGUAUUUGUUAAACCACAAAAUUCUUUAAGUUCAAAAUUGAAUUCUAAGAAACAGUACCCAUACGAUAGGAUUUUGUAUUAUCCUGAUACGAUUUGUCGAACCUGUCGUAUUGCCAAGCCAGCACGUUCCAAGCAUUGUAAUAUAUGCAAUAUAUGUGUACUCUUAGAGGACCAUCAUUGCAUAUGGGCCAAUAAUUGCAUAGGUAAAGGUAACUACAUAUAUUUUUACGGAUUUUUGAUUGACAACACUUUGUCGCUAAGCUAUGGGUUCUUAAGAUUACAACAUUUGUACUUGAGAAACAUUACCCGAUUACCUAAAGCAGCCUUAACAAUGAGUAUUCUACUCGGUUUAUUUGCCAUAAUUGUUGCGGUUUUUACUUACAUGGAAUUAAGCAUUGUGUCUGAAGGUAUGACCACCAAUGAACAAGAUAAAUGGUACACUGUUCAAAAUUUCAUGAGAGACAAUAAACUUGUAAGGGAUUCGAAUGGUAGUUGGUAUUUCAUUGAACCUACAGGUAAUAAAGAUACUGUUACACCUUCAAGAUUUUUUAGCACGAAUCCAUAUGAUCACACAGAGUAUUUAUUAACUAACUAUACAAUAAUUAGUGACUCUAGUGAAAUAAACAAUAUAUACGACAAGGGUGGUUUCUGGGAAAAUUUAAAGGAGUUACUCAAAUGA